GAGAUACUGUCUGUGACGAGAGCCAACUAAAGACUGCUAUCCUUAUGGGAGUUUGUCUUCAGAAAAAUUUCACCGUUUUCUUACGCCUUCUAGAAUAUAUUGCGGCCGCAUUAAGAAACAGAACCCGAAUCAGUAAAUAUGCCGGUAAGAUAUUCUCGGGAGUCUGUCGUCGGUGGUAAUAGAGUAUAUUCGUUGGUAUUGAUGCAAUCUAAGUAUUUACUUGCCGACUUGUCGAUCGAUCGUUCUGCAGUUGGCUGUCUAAUACACCAACAGCCCUAACUCUUUUAAAAUGUCUGAUCUAUCCUUUAUCUCGUCUAUGGUGAUAUAUUUUUGAGAUGUGUGUAUCUCAUAUUUGUCAAACGAAGAUUAGAAAGUGCAUAGUAAAUAAUAAUGGAUGGAAAUCAGACAAAUGCCAGUGAUUCUCAGUUUAUUUCCUUCCAAGAUUUUCCAUCGAUAAAUCAUGGAGAAAAUGCUGGACAGGCACAAUUAAAUAUUAAUGCUUCCACUCAUCAAGGUUUUAAUAACCUAUCAAAUGAUCCUGCUGGAAUCGGCAUUAUGGAAGAUCUUCAGGGAAUGCCUGAUAAAACUGAAGCCACAUCACCACCUAACUUUUGGACCAUUGAAUAUUAUCAACAGUUUUUCAAUGUUAAUACAAAAGAUGUAGUGGAAAGAAUUAAAAGGUCUAUGUUUCCAUAUGGAAGUGAUAAUUAUUUGACAACUCACAUAAGACCAAAACCAGACUUAUAUGGUCCAUUCUGGAUUUGUAUCACCUUGGUAUUUUCCAUAGCUAUAAAUGGAAAUCUGGCUAAUUACUUGCAAACAGCUAAUUCAAGCAAAUAUCACUGGAGGUAUGACUUUCACAUUGUAUCUAAGGCUGCAAGUUGCAUAUUUUUAUAUGCAUGGUUGUUGCCAUUAACAUUAUGGGGUGCAUUGAAAUGGACCACUAGCACAAGGGAUACGGAGGAAGAGUUAAUUGAGUCUUACUCAACACUUAGUCUCUUGGAGCUUUUAUGUCUUUAUGGUUAUUCCUUAGCCAUCUACAUUCCAGUAGCUUUCCUAUGGACUAUACAAAUUGAAUGGUUUCAGUGGAGUUUGGUUGUAAUAGCAACUUUCCUAUCUGGUGGAGUAUUAUUGAGAUCUUUGUUACCAAUAAUAGAAGGGAGGUACAGAUUAAUAUAUAUCGCGAUAAUUCUUGGAAUGCAUCUGUUAAUGGCAGGGUUUAUGCUAUAUUUCUUUCACGCGCCAUCAACGAGCGACACUGUGACUGCAAAAAAACUAGAGGCGACGACUGUUCGCAUAAACGAAGUGUUGAAGCAGACUUUACAUCCUACUUCUGUCGACUAACAUAUACGUCGAACCGUUCAAUUGUGAUUAACUCGAAUAUAUUUAAAAUUCAUUGCCAGCUUUAGCGACAAGAAUACAUCUACCCUAUCAAACACUGACUGAUAGAAUCAAGUGAUAUGAAUCGCACUUGUCCGCUGAUCAUCAAUUCCGUCUUCGUGCAAGUAGUACUAGCGUUUAUACUAUACCUGUGAACGAAACAAAAUAAAUGAUAAUAACUGAAAUUUGUGGAAAGUUUGAGGCACUAGUGUUUAUUAAAAACAUUUCAGUCGGCCCAUAUCAAGUAUAUAUAUUAUAUAUAAUAAUAAUGAUAAUAAUAAUAAUAAUAAUAAUUCCUGUGUGUCAGGGCAAUAUAGAAGGCCAACAAAGUGUCUGGUUGAUUUAUUUUCACAACCCCCUUUUUAAUAAUAAGGGACGCGUUUUACAUAUCAACGCAACACAUAUCAUUUACAAUCAUACGAACCUUCAUGUUGUACACAGUAAUUGUUAUUAGUACUCGUAAUACAAUAGAUAGUAAUUGUUAUUAGUUGUCGUUAAUACAAUCGUACGUGAUUCAUUAAUAUUUUCUUCUAUCCUUUCGUUUACAAUUAACCAAUACGACAAAAGGCAACAUUCAUUUUGUAAUAGUAUCGUCGUUUACGUUAUUAUCAUCGCUCUAUCGGUACAUGUACACCACGACAUUAGUAAUUUGCUUGUCGUUUAACGUUAUUACACGAGAAAAAUGCGACGACGACGCGUGUUAUCGAAUAUGAAGCCAAUUGAUUUACGAUCGUUUCACUCCGAUUUGACUUUAAGCCUCGCGAAGAAACUCCGUAUAGAUCUCGCGUACCGCCGGUUAAAAACGAAUCCGUCGAGCGAUUUGCAAAAGGGAUAGCGCGAUAGAGUAAAAUUUAGCAUACGUUUCGAGGUCUACGAAAAGUCUUCCAUGUUACAAGCCUUGUCGAUGUGAGCAUAUUUUGUAUGUACAAAAUAGAAAAAAAAAGUUGUAACAGAGUUUGACUCUCUCUCUCUGUCAAAGAGCCAAGUGUCUCUUGUAGCUUGUAUUGUCCGAAGCUCUUUCGCUAUUGAAAAUGGCCGAUGUAGUUUAGGCUAAUCGUCAACGUAAAAGCCUACGUCAGACUUAUCCAUAGCACAACUGAGCAAUAACUAUCGUGACAUACCAUGAAAUCAACGUUUGAAACGAGGUAAGCUAUGCGAAUAUCCAGAGCAGGAAGGAGAUCCUCUGCGCGGCGCUUUCAAACUUGAAACUUCAUUAUCACUUGGCGCAAUUCCUAACGAAAUCAUGUUUUCUCUUUCAUUCAAAAUUGAAGUGAUAGUUUCGUAGAGCUACGAUAAAAUAGGCAUGGAAAUUACGGAAAGUGUAUUGCGAUCUCAAAAUUAGGAUUCUCAAUAUUGUAAAACGAUUGGUAAUUUUAUUAUAUCGAUGGACAUUGAUAUUCACGAUACAAGCUACCAGAAAUAUGUUCUCUGUUCAAAUAUGAGAGCCCACACCAGUCGGUGUGUAAAGCGUUUCGACGACCACGAAACCGUCGGAACAAUUUCUAAUUUACCAGCUAAGAGAGCUCACAACGACUUGGUCCAACGUGUUUACAAGAUAUUACAGUCAAAGAUAUUACGAAUAGGCAGGAGCAAUAAUAACGAGUAAUAAAAUCUAUGACAGUCUACCA